GUUCCAUAGAUCUUGAAGAGCCAGGUAUACUCUUUCACAUAUUAGUUUUUGACUCAUUGAUUUGACCUAUAUUACACGUAUGUUGUAGACUUAGAUAAACCAUUUAUAGUUUUUUGAAUGGAUGAUUAAUAUUUUUCUUAUGCAAUCGUAGAAUGCCACGUCGUGGAAAAAGUAGCAAACCAAGCUAUGGCCGGACGACCGGUAGUCCGUACAUCCACAAGCCGCUUCCUAGCGGUGUUCCAGUACCUAUGUGUUUUUGUGGUGAUCCUUGCAAGGUAGAAAUUUCGGAAGACGAGGAAACCUAUCGGCAGAGGUAUUGGAUGUGUUCGAAUUUUGCCUGGGAGCCUACGCCAAAACAACGCCGCAGUAACUUUAUUACCCCUCCACCAUUGUGUGAUUUUGAGCAGUGGAUCGACACUGAGGUUAAGGAGUCCGACAAGCGGCUUCUACAAGGCCUAAAGGAGUGGGAUGCAGAGCGUGCAGAGAUAUUAGAGAAGAGACGUAGAGAGGAGGCUCAAAAGAGGGAGCACAAGGAAGAGGAGGAAAGAAGACGUGUUGCUGCGGCUCGGGAGGAGAGGGAAAAGAAGCUUGAGCGUGUGCGCCGAGCGAAGGCAGCUAUUGAUGAGAAUCCAGAUGCCCAGAGGAAGGGAAAGUGGCCUCGUUGCACUCAGUAGUUACAUUACCUUCUUGUUCUUUGUUUGGUUCAUGGACAAUAUUGUUUUGUGUUGGACUUUUCAAUUUGUUGUUAUGUAAUGCACUUUAGCAAUUUUAAUUUGGUUUCAUUAUUAGUAGACAAUAUUUUUAUUUGAGUAUUGCAUAGGCAAUGAAAUGAGGAUAAUUAGUUGAAAUAGAAGUU